AUGGUGUACACUCACACCAUGGCUCAGCCCGGCCCUGAUGAGCUGCUGAGUGGAGGAGACAUGGACACUCUGCUGCAGGUGACGGGCUGCUCCUCUGAGCUGCAGAGGCCCCGCUGUCACACCGACUGUCUGUCCGAGCGAUACAGAUCCAUCACAGGGGAGUGCAACAACAGGCAAUAUCCCAGAUGGGGCGCUGCAAACAUUCAGUAUUCCCGCUGGCUGCCUCCAGAGUACGAGGAUGUGUGGGGGACGCCAAGAGGCUGGGACCCAGAGCACGCCUACCACAACUUCACCCUGCCUCCUGUGCGGCUGGUGUCCCAGGAGGUUCUGUACACCCACAACGACAACAUCUCUCUGGACUCCACUCUGUCCCAUCUGCUGGUGGAGUGGGGCCAGUGGAUAGACCACGAUGUGGUCCAGACCCCGCAGAGUCCCAGCACAGCCGCCUUCAGGACAGGAGCGGACUGCACCCGCACCUGCAGCCAGGACACACCCUGCUUUCCUAUUCAGAUCCCAUUAUCAGAUCCUCGAACUGGGAUCCAGAGCUGCAUGCCUUUCUUCCGCUCUGCCCCGAGCUGCAUUGGCAGACCGCAGCCCCAUCGCCACCGAGAGCAGCUCAACGCCAUCACCUCAUUUGUGGAUGCCAGUAUGGUGUACGGCAGCUCCACCAGUCUGGCCUCGGCUCUGCGUAACCACUCGUGUCCUCUGGGCUCGAUGGCCCUCAACUCCCAGCACUCAGACCAGGACCUCGCCUACAUGCCAUUCCUGCUCCGCCUGCAAACCCACCUGGACCCCUGCGGUCCUCGCAGGGGGGAUAACACCAGUGCCUCGGAGGCAUCAGAUAGAUCAACACACCAGGAGAACACCACGUCCUGUUUUCAAGCUGGUGAUUCACGGGCCAAUGAGCAUUUGGGGAUGAUAGUGCUGCACACGCUCUUUCUGAGGGAGCACAACCGGCUGGUUAAAGAGCUACACCUGCUCAACCCUCAGUGGGGCCCUGACACUCUUUACCAGGAGGCCCGCAAAAUCAUGGGAGCCAUUCACCAGAUUCUAACAUGGGAACAGUACCUCCCACGUGUCCUGGGGGAAAGUGCCAUCUCGCAUCUGAUGCCUCCCUAUGAAGGUUAUAACCCUGAGGUGGACCCCAGCAUCGCUAACGUCUUUGCAGCUGCUGCAUUUCGUUUUGCACACGUCACCGUGCAGCCAGUGGUGUCCCGCCUGGGGCCCGGAUACACCAUCAGCCCCCAGCACCCUCCUCUGCCUUUACAUCAUUCACUGUUUGCUUCCUGGAGGAUUGUGCAGGAAGGUGGUAUAGAUCCUGUGCUGCGGGGUUUGUUGCUGUCUCCGGCCAAGCUUCAGACACCGGGUCAGAUGAUGGUGGAGGAGCUGACAGAGAGGCUGUUUCAGGCACAGGGAGGGAUGCCGCUUGAUCUCGGUGCCCUGAACCUGCAGAGGGGUCGGGACCACGGCCUGCCUGGAUACAGCUCAUGGCGAAGGUUCUGCGGUCUCUCUGUCCCAAACAACGCAUCAGAGCUGGCUGACAUCCUGGGGAACGUCACUCUGGCCCACAAGUUCGUAGUCUUGUACGGGACGCCUCACAACAUAGAUGUGUGGGUGGGGGCCAUCUCUGAGCCGGCUCUGCCAGGCGGCCGAGUCGGGCCGCUUCUGGCCUGCCUGCUGGCGAGACAGUUCAGAGCCCUGAGAGACGGGGACAGGUUUUGGUGGGAGAGGGAAGGGGUGUUCACCAGCAGCCAGAGGAAACACCUCCGCACCGUCUCUCUAUCCCGCAUCAUAUGUGACAACAGCCACAUCACCCACGUCCCUGCUGAUCCGUUCACACGCACUGAGAGCCUGGAGGACAUGCUGGCCUGCUCCCACCCCCUCAUCCCCCACCUGGACCUCAGCGCCUGGAAAGAACCAGACACAGACCCCGGCUGUGGUCCAAUACCCAGAAUCCAGUCUGGCUACUCACUGCUCUGUGACUCCAUGAUUCUCUAUCAGUGUCAAUCCGGCUUCAAGCUCUUAGGCUCUUCCUCGGUCAGCUGUGAUCCAGGCAGCCAACAGUGGAGCCCCGCACCGCCAACCUGCCACGAUAUUAAUGAAUGCCAAGAGCCGACGUCCCCUUGCCCCCCGGAUAUGGAUUGUCUCAACAUACCAGGUUCCUAUAUUUGUUCAGACGUGAAGCCUUCUUCGCUGUCGGCUGUCUCUGUUGUCACUGCAGUUGUAGCAGUGAUUGGUGGAGCCGCCCUGCUGGUUGUCAUCAUGAUUUGUUGUCAAAGAUAUUUCCCAAAGAAAGAAGAGCUGGCCGGCUCUUCUUGUGGUGGAUCUUGCAAGGAGAACAGUUAA